CCGUCGUUUUUGGUUGGACCGGUUUGUUGCAAGGAGGGGGAAGAUUGUUUGCAACCUAGGAGCUCUGCGCACGGGAAGCUCCCCAGAGACGUUCGUCCUGCAGCCUCUACUCGGGCCCAGCCUUCUCUCUCCAGCUGACACAACAGCCUGGAGGCGUCUGCCUCCACCCUCCCGAAUGGUGCUCCUCUUCGCAGGCCUCGGCCCAGGAUCCAGGCCCCCUUUGCCCCCUACCUCGGAGCUGUUGCUCCAGAUCUCUCUUGGUGGACUCCCCCUGGAGCAGAGGGAAAAACUUUUGCACAGACAAGGUUUUAGCUCUAGGAACCCCACUGACAACUUGAAUCUCAGCCUAUAAUAGAGUGUGUGAGGUUCUUCCUGUGCUCCCUUUCCCAUUCUUUUGAGAAGAGAAACCCUUCUCCUUACCAUCUAGAGCCCAGGAAGCCCCAAGCUGGGGCCCUGUUCCCAGCAUGUCUGUCCUCUCUUGUGCAUAGGGCUCUGCCCUCUCCCUGUCAGCAUGGCUGAGCUCAGACAGGUUUCAGGGGGGCGGGAGACCCCACAGGGGGAGCUGCGGCCUGAGGUUGUAGAGAAUGAAGUCCCUAGGAGCCCAGUUGCAGAGGAGCCCGGAGGUGGAAGCAGCAGCAGUGAGGUCAAAUUGUCCCCAAGAGAGGAGGAAGAACUGGAUCCUAGAAUACAGGAGGAGCUGGAGCAUCUGAACCAGGCCAGUGAGGAGAUCAACCAGGUGGAACUGCAGCUGGAUGAGGCCAGGACCACUUAUCGGAGGAUCCUGCAGGAGUCGGCGAGGAAGCUCAACACCCAAGGUUCACACUUGGGAAGCUGCAUUGAGAAGGCUCGGCCCUACUAUGAGGCUCGGCGGCUGGCUAAGGAGGCCCAGCAGGAGACCCAGAAGGCAGCACUGCGGUACGAGCGGGCUGUGAGCAUGCACAAUGCUGCUCGGGAGAUGGUGUUUGUGGCAGAGCAGGGCGUCAUGGCUGACAAAAACCGACUGGACCCCACGUGGCAGGAGAUGCUCAACCAUGCUACCUGCAAGGUGAAUGAGGCAGAGGAGGAGCGGCUACGAGGUGAGCGGGAGCAUCAGCGGGUGACGCAGCUGUGCCAACAGGCUGAGGCUCGAGUCCAGGCCCUGCAGAAGACUCUCCGGCGGGCCAUCGGCAAGAGCCGCCCCUACUUCGAGCUCAAGGCCCAGUUCAGCCAGAUUCUGGAGGAGCACAAGGCCAAAGUGACAGAACUGGAGCAGCAGGUGGCCCAGGCUAAGACCCGCUACUCAGUCGCCCUGCGUAACCUGGAGCAGAUCAGCGAGCAGAUUCAUGCACGGCGCAGGGGCCUGCCUCCCCACACCCCAGGCCCACGGCGUUCCUCCCCCGUAGGGGCUGAAGCGGGGCCAGAGGGCAUAGAGGAUGGGGACAGUGGGAUUGAGGGGGCUGAGGGUGGGGGGCUGGAGGAGGGCAGCAGCCUGGGACCUGGCCCUGCCCCUGACACGGACACGCUGAGCCUGCUGAGCCUGCGCACUGUGGCCUCUGACCUACAGAAGUGUGACUCGGUGGAGCACCUGCGGGGUCUUUCAGACCAUGCCAGUCUGGACGGCCAAGAGCUGGGACCCCGGAGUGGUGGGCGCCGGGGCAGUGAUGGUGGGGUCCGUGGGGGUCGCCACCAGCGCAGUGUCAGUCUGUAGCCCAGUAACCAGGGCUGUUGGCUCGACUCUCCACCGUGGGUCAGUCAGGGCCCACAGACUUCUCCCAGUCCUCUGGGGUCCUGUUGUCCCUGAGGUCCCCUUCUCCAGUGCUUUUCUGGGAGUGGUCAGCUGUGUCUGAGUCCUCUGUGUCUGCCCUGGCUUUCUCAUAGUCUCUGCCUCUCUCCUCUCCCCUCAAGAGGCAGUUCUCUCUUUGCCUUAUCCAUUUGGAAGGCUUGCUCUCUGGAAAGGCUUGCUCUCUCUGGCAUUCUCAUCUUCCUCUCCUCGUGCUGGUUCCUCUCAGUCUGUCCCAUACCCUUUGCUUUCCUCUUUCUGUCUGACCUCCCUCCUUCCAUCUGCUUUUCCCCUCAGGGAACUUGGUCUAGAAGGCACAGGGAAACUCAGAGAAAAUGGGUAAUGGGCUUGAGUGAACAGAUGGACAGGUUCCCCUCCUGUUGGUCCCUGGCCUGCCCACUUUCCCAAGGCAACUCUCAAGGGUGCCCUAGGUAUGCUGCUGAGCCCUUCUGGCAGCCCUGUGCCCCUGUCCUGUCCUAGCCACCUGUGUGUAACUUGUAAGAAGAACUGCGUGCCUCUGGAAGACACCACCCUUCCCUUCAGCACUCCCCUUCAUGGUCUGAGCCUCUGCUUCUGUAUCUCAAGGCAGAAGUUGCAGGAUGCCAGUGUUAGGGAGGGGAACUCAAUCUUAUUGUCAACAUAGGUCUCCUGUGUGCAUGGCUUUUCCCCAGCUGGACUGGGUCCUUAACAUUGCCAAGGUGCUAGUGGGUCCCUAACAGGGUUCAUGUGGUGCAGAGAUGUGAGGAGGUCCUGAAGGCCAAGGCCUCUGCCAGUCCUGCCACCUUACACUCUUGCUUUGGAGUUGGGUUUAUUUUUCUGGGUAAAGGAUGCUGAACCAAAUCUCAGCACCCUCUUGCAGGGUGGGGUUAGGGAAUUUGGUGCUCAAUUGCUCUCCCUUGCUCUUCCCCAAAUUAAACAGUACCUACUCCAGGAUUCUUCAUGGAAUGCUCAAGCUUGGCUGCCAAGCCUCUUACCUCCACUGGUGCAGGGGAGGAGUUAUCCUGAUGUGAGGGGUCCUACCCUCCGCAGGGAGCAGCUCCAGGUGCCUGGCAGUGAUGCCAGGUGGUGGGGUUGGGGGGAAGCCACACCAGAUCUGGGGUCUUGAGAGAGACAGGACAUCCCGGGAGGGAAGAAGGCCUAGGCCUGUGCACUGCUGCAAGUGAUUGGGGAAGGAGUGAGCCUCUGCACAGGUGUCUAUCUUCAGGUCAAGGGAGGGUGGUCACAAUGAGAACCUCUAGGUUUGAGGUGGCCGUGGGUGGAAAGGAGAAAGGGAGGAGUGUGUGUGUGUGCAUGUGCUGGUGUGUGUGGGGUAAAUGGUCUGCCCUGUUUUUAUUUAAAUAAAGUAGUUUAUGUAACAGUAA